GGGACGGGAGGCGCACAGACAGUGCAGAGCGGGGGGAGAUAGUACCGUCCUAACGGAGUGCGCAGACAUGAAAGUGCAGCUGAAAUAGCGUGGCUGAGAAGAGACGCAGCGCAGGGGCGUGACCGAGACGUGCGAGACGCAGCGGCUGACGGCGGUGGCGGCGGCGGUCUAGACGGAGUCGGUGAUGCUGCGCAACCUGGUCGGCAGUUUACGACGAAGAGCUCGGUCCGUAGCGGCACACGAGGCUAAUUCAUCCAAAACUCCUACGGAAACAAUGCGAGAGAACAACGAGGCACCUAUACUUGUCACUAUUCAACGAAUGGUGGAUAAAUGUGCAGCCGAAGACAGUGAUGAACAAGAAGCAUCGUGCAGUGAUGAUGCAUGCUGUGUUUGCUUAUCGAGGGUCGCUACUGUGCAUGCAUACCCUUGUGGUCAUAAAAUCAGCUGUCGUUUAUGCGCUUCAAUGAUGCUUAAGGCUUCUGCUAAGGCACAAGAGAAACAUUUCCGAUGUAUCAUGUGCCGAUCGAAUGUCUAUAGGCUGCGGUAUGUGCGUCCGGAUCCGGUGAUUGUCUUGUGCAAGCCUGAAGCACCGUUUGCUCUUCGCUCUGCCCAUCCAGGUGAAAUGAGCUCCCUCAGCGGCAGUUGGUCGAGAUCUUCUCCUUCACCUUCUGCGACUUCAUCAUGCCCCGGAUAAUCUGCAAACUGCGUUGAUAUCAAAUCCUGAUGAAGAACACCAGCCGCACAAUCAGCGUGUUCUAUUCUGCAUAAAUUCUCAAAAACAAAAUGAAGGAACGGUCCGAAUGAGCAGCGUUUCUGUGGAUUGUCUUAAUGUCGUAUAUCUAGGUGUUGAAUAUUUGUUUGUUGCUCAGAGGGACGUUUUUGAUGCCCUCUUAGGACUGAUUUAUGAUGCACACUUUAAUGCCUACAGCAUGUCUUUCUGAGGUUUUUAUUGCUAGUAAUUCACUAAAUAUUCCAUUUUUGUUUGUACAUUUCGCGUACUAGUUAUAAAUUAACUUAUUA